UUUCAUUUCAUUUCAGUGAAGAAGUGCCGCGCACCGGAGCCGCUGUGUGUGUCUCACUUUACGGUGCUUUGACGGAAAAAUAAGGCAGACAACUAAAUACAGUUCCAGGUCAUGGCUGACAUGUCCAAUAACACGCCGAUAAAUGACAAGACGGACGGGAGCCUGGAGGAAGGAGACGGUCAACUUGCGAAGGCCAAGAAAGAGCUGGAAACAUGGAAGGCUAAAGUAGAAAAAGCAGACGAUGUGAAAGCCCGGCUUAUACUGGAAAAACUGGAAGAAGAUGAAGCUAAGGUUAAGGCCCAGCAGGAGAUGAUGGCUUGUCUCGAAAAUCAGAACGAGUGUCAGAAGAAAUUCACUGAAACAACGAAAGAAGUGCAGGAUGAAAUCCUAAAGCUUGGAGAACGCAAGAAGGCUUUGCUGGAUAAACUGAGGAGAUGUCAAGCUGAGCUAGAGGCUAAGAAAACUGAGUCUGCCAAACUGAAGCAGAAAUUCAAGAUCUGUGCCCAGAUUCCAGACACAGAGGUGAAGUUCACUUGCCAGAAUAAAGAGGAGAGUGAUGACAACAAUCAGCCAAUCAGAGAAGUGUUUUCCAUCAGCCAGAGACCCACUGUGCUUCUUCAGGGAGGACAGGCACUCAUCACUUUUGAGGAAGAGAAAGUGGCUUCUCAGAUCCUGCAGCUCGCCAAGUGCUCUGUGUCCUGUGAGCAAACUUGUUUGGAUGUGAAACCAAAGAGAAUUAAAAUGGAUCCCGCUGUAAAGUUUGAGAUCCACCUCAGCAUUUCCAAAAAGGAGCUACUUGUCUCCAAUGUUCCUCCAUCCAUUCCAGAGGAGAGAAUGAGGGACCGACUGGAGAUCAGUUUCUCCAGGCCCAGCAGAGGGGGUGGAGAGGUGGAGAGAGCGGUGUAUGAUAAGAACACUGGGACAGGACGGAUCACCUUCCUCCACCCUGGAGUUGCAGAGAGCCUGGCCCUGGGAGAGAGGUACUGUGUGGAUCUGGACACUGAAGUGAAUGUACAGGUUGGACCCAGUUAUCAAUACAAGCUGCGUAAAUUUCAGACCUUCUGUGGCACCCCGAAGCGAACCAUCCUCCUACAUGACAUUGCUGAUGUGGAGGAUGAGGAGGACCUUCAAGACCACCUGGAGAUCCAUUUCCAGAAGCCCAGUAACUACGGUGGUGAGAUAGAGAGCAUCAAGUACUCCAGGGGGAAGGCUCUGCAGGCCUUUUUCUGUGAGGACAAGAUGGAGAUAGAUAACUGACUUUAGCCAGCAGGAUGCCACCUAAAGCUCUAAGGAAAGUACUAAGAGUUAUUUGUUAUCUAUCUGCUUCUAACUACUGUCAGAAAUACUGAAUCAUAUCUGUGAUACGUUUUUUGAUUAUUUAUCAUACUCAUGAGAGUCAGAUGAGAAGAUAUAGUAAUUUCAUCUUGUGUUCAAUAGAGGGUAUCAAUUUGAUAUGGUAUAUUAAAUGGCAAAACAAAGGCAAUUGGCAAUGUUUUCAACAGUGAUCUGUCUUUUCCCUUCAUACAAACUUUAGUGUGGAAUUCUUACUUUACAGCUUUACUUUAA